AUAUCGAGGAAUGGAGAGUUUAUUGGCAAAUAUUGGAUGUUAUCGCUUCGAGCAACAGUAUUCUGCGCAUAUUAUUUAAUGUUCUUGAAAGCAGUGAAGAGCUACAAGAGCUACAAGAACAAGGUUUACAAGGUUUAAUCCUAUGGACAAUGAGUAUUAUUGCAGAAAAGGUUAUCAGAAAACAUUUACAAGGUUUAAUCCUAUGGACAAUGAGUAUUAUUGCAGAAAAGGUUAUCAGAAAACAUUAUGUAACAAUGAGAAAAACAGAAUUCGGUGCAUCGGUGCCCAAUCAAUACCAAGAAGUAGAAUUGAUGGUGUGCCGUGCCGGCCCAGUUUAUUUUGCAAUUUACAAAGAUCCAAUCCAGAACGAAUAUCUUUAUUAA